AUGAAUGCACCUCUGUGUCACCUGCAGUCAGCAGGGGUCAGUUCAAAUGGGCGGUGUUACUUUGGAUAAGAAGACCUUACGUUACCAGUGUGGUCGAAUAUACGCUCUGUCAUUUGCGAUGCUGACUAAUGCAACAUGGAUAAGUUGAUAUUUAAUCUUGAAUACAUGCCAGGGUGGCUGUUUUCGGAGCAGUGAGACCCGUCAGUUGUUGAAUAUCCGGGCCGCCGUCCUGCAGCAGUAGUGUAGAUGCCUUGGCCAAGAUGAGUGUGAAAGCUUUUGAGCUUGUCCCCGCUGUGGAGCGAGAUCUCCUCAUGGGUGACAAAGCUCGCAUCAACAUUGAGUGCAUCGAAUGCUGUGGAAAGCACUUGUAUGUGGGCACCAAUGACUGCUUCAUUCAUCACUUUCUGCUGGAUGAGGUCACCUCGUCCAAAGGGAAACUGAGUUACUCGUCCCAAAAACUGCUGCACAAAUACCUUGGCCUCAAGAAGCCCGUGGCCGAGCUGCGGGCCGCUUCUGCCUUGGAGCGUCUGAUCGUGCUUUGCGAUGGAAUUGUGUUCCUUGUUGACAUGGUGACGCUGGAGACUGUGCCGUCGGCGGCCGGAGGUGGAGUCAAGAUCAGAGGUGUGACUGCGUUCUGUAUAAACGAGAACCCAGUGAGUGGGGAUCCGUUUUGUGUGGAAAUUGCCGUGCUCUGUUCCAAGAGGCGGACAGUUCAGAUUUACAUGGUGUACGAGGACAGGGUGCAGCUUGUCAAAGAGAUGAACACCCCUCAGCAACCCUGUGCUGUCAGCCUUGAUGGCUACUUCCUGUGCCUGGCACUCGCAACACAGUACAUGAUCCUGAAUUACAACACGGGAGCCUCACAAGACCUCUUCCCCUAUAACAGUGAGGAGAGGAGACCUAUUGUGAAGUGGAUCAACAGGGAGGAGUUCCUCCUAGCAGCACCGGGAGGUCUGGGAAUGUUUGCCAAUGCUGAAGGGAUAUCUCAGCGGGCUCCAGUCAAGUGGUCAGAGAGCGUGAUCGCUGCCGCUGUGUGUUUUCCAUAUGUGGUGGCUUUGGAUGAGAACUUCAUCACCAUCCACAGCAUGCUGGACCAACAACUGAAGCAGACCCUUUCAUUCAGGGAUGGACACAUUCUGCAAGAUUUUGAAGGAAAGGUCAUGCUGGCUUCCACUAAGGCCGUGUACGUUCUCGUACCCCUGCCCCUGGAAAGACAGAUCCAGGACUUGCUUGCUAGUCGGCGAGUGGAGGAGGCCCUCAUUCUCACAGAGGGAGCUCAGAGAAAUAUUCCCAAAGACAAGUUUCAGAUUUUGCACAGAAGAAUCCUCCAGCAGGCAGGUUUCAUACAGUUCGGUCAGCUUCAAUUUCUCGAAGCUAAAGAGCACUUCAGGAAGGGUGAGCUGGACGUGCGGGAGCUCAUCUCUCUGUACCCGCUGCUCCUCCCAGCUUCCUCAUCUUUUACACGUUGUCAUCCUCCGCUCCACGAGUUUGCUGAUCUCAACCAUUUAGCACAAGGCGACCAAGAAAAAGUGCUGCAAUGCAAGAGAUUCCUCAUUAGUUAUUUAGGAGAGGUACGAAGCACAGAGAUGGUUAAUGGCUGCCGAGAGGACGUGGACACGGCGCUGUUAAAGCUCUAUGCUGAGCAGGAUCACGAGAGCCUUUUAGACCUCCUAGCUACGGAAAAUGCUUGCGUGCUGGCAGACAGCGUCCCGUGGCUGGAGAAAUAUCACAAAUAUUUUGCACUUGGGCUGCUUUAUCAUUAUCAUUGUCAGGAUUCAGCAGCUGUUAAGUUGUGGAUUCGAGUGGCAGAUGGGGAUCUGCAGGACUCUACACGAUCGGGCCUUUUUGAGUACAUCGUGGACUUUCUCUGCUCCUCCUCCAGUCAGGAUCUUGUGUGGAAGCAUGCAGACUGGGCCUUACAGAAGGAUCCAACUAUAGGUGUUCAUAUUUUUACAAAGAGGCCUGCUGGUAAAGAUCACACAGACCUGAAUCCUGAUGAUGUCAUCACCUACCUGGGGAAGCACAACCACGCGCUGUUGCUUUAUUUGGAACAUCUUGUGCUGGAAAGAAGAAUACAGAAGGAGAAGCUCCACACACAUCUGGCCGUGUUGUACCUGGAGAGGGUCCUGUCAUUACUGUCAAAGUCGCCAACAGAUGCGGAGCAGCUGAACAGAGCCAGAGAGAGGCUCCAGGCUUUUCUCAGGGAGUCAAAUUUAUACCGUGUACAGUUUCUUUUAGGUAAAAUGGAGAACUGUGAACAACUGCUGCUAGAACGUGCAACACUACAUGGAAAAUUGGAGGAACAUGACAAAGCACUGCACAUCCUGGUGCACAAGCUCAGAGACUUCCCGUCCGCCGAGGCCUUCUGCAUAUGGGCCUCUUCUAGUAGAGACUCUGCAUACCGGCAGCGCCUCUUUCACCUGCUCCUGGGGGUGUAUCUAGAUGGGAGUCCUGGGAAAGGUCAGACAGCAAACGACGGCGGUGGCAAACUGGAAAUGGCAGCGGUGGAUCUCUUAAAUCAGCACGGCGAGGUGUUCGAUCCUGUCCGCGUCCUGCGGAUGCUCCCCGAAGGCUGGUCACUACAGCUGCUGAGGCCCUUUUUGAAUCGGGCCGUCAGGGCCAGCAUGCACGCCUGCCGCACGUCGCAGAUCGCUCUGGGGCUCGCACACUCUGAAAACCUUCAGCUGCUGCACGACAGGUUGAAAGAGCGCAAGAAGCCCAUCUUGGUGUCAGAAAAGAAGGGAUGCCACCUUUGCCACAACACCUUCAGUGAGCCGGCCGUGGUGUGCCUGCCGGGAGGAGUGCCUGUCCACACUCACUGUGUUGCACAGAGAGUAAGAGACUCCCCCACAAAGAGACACUUGACUAAUAGCAGCAACCACACGUGAGACUAGACUUUUUACAACACCGUCUGCUCUGUGACCGGAGGCACCGACCCACAGCAGGGCGCAGAGAUUUUGGAUGGCCGUGGACUGCCGGGUGAACAAGAAGCACAGAUCAUAGAUUUUUCUACAGCUGCUUCUGCUGUGGAGUCCAGAAAAAACUACAAACAGCUGGCCUAUAGAGGGAAUGUGUCAAUAAACACUUUGUUCCUCAUAUUUAUUCAUGUGCCGCCAUUAUGCCACGAUUUCAGCCUAAACGUUUGUCCUGGAUUCAGUUCUGUGGCCGUCCUGUCUGUGCCUGAAUCUGAGAACGCUUCAUUACAGAACAAACUAUUUUUGGGUCAUAAAAUAUUUCUGAAGCAUGCAACAAUACUAAAACUCUGAUGGUUCUUAUCUAAUCAGCUCUUUAAUACUGUCCCAACUGUCACACUGCAGUCAGGUUUGAAAUGCUACAAAAAAAAUCAUGAGUACUGACUGAAAAGGUCUUUGUCUCCUCGUCCCUGCUUUCCCUCAGUCAACAUCAAGGUUAGCAAAGUGUUUUAGUCUGCAAGACUGCUUCUUUUAAAGAAACUGUUUGCUCAAAGCCCAACAGAAUUUGAAUGUUUCGUUACCAAAGUGAGAGACGUCGUCUCCAGAUUUGUCUGAGAAGCAGAAACAUGAAGUCUUAUGAAGGAUUGGUGGGACUGUGGGUGUCCAGACCAAUUAGAGCGACUUAAAACAAAAUGUGUCAUCUCUACAUUAUUAGUUGAUGUGUCAGAGCUCAGUUGUAAACCAUGUGUUUUGGGUAAAAUGGGAGUUCCCCCCCCCCCCCAC